AUGCAAGAAAAAGAUGCACGACAAAAGCGAUUCGAGGAAUUAAAAUCACAAGCCGAAGCCGACGAUGAAGAACGAAAGUCCGCGGCCACUGGCAACGCUGCAGCGGUGACUAUGGAAGACUUCGAGGCGGAUUGGAAUGCGAGUCAGUUUUGGUAUGAUGAAGGAACGAGCAGGGCUUUAGCUGAGGAAUUGGUGGAGGGGGUUGGAGAAGAGGAUCAUGUCGCACUGGUUAGUGCACCAAGUGUUUUUGUGAAGCUGAAGAAUUUGAUGGUGAGCCCCUCCAGCGUACCAGAUGAUUUUUCUUGA